AUGGAGGAUUUGACAGUAAACUACAACAAUAUUAUCACAAAGUUCACUGAGUACACAAGCGUGAAGAAGUCCGAAGUCGAUUUGAAACAAAAACAACUCAAAGUAGAGGAGAUUAAGGCAAAAGUUGCAUUGUCCAAAUCUGAAGCUAAGAAUCGUCGCUUGAAGUUGAAAGAGUACUUGAGAAGGCAAAAUGCUGAUGAUGUUCAACGUCUUCUUCAAAUGCAUGAUGAAAGACAUGACUUCCCUGGCAUUUCACGUAACGAUAUUAUCGUGUUAUAUGAAUAUCCCAUAUUCAACAACGUCUUGCAAGGAAAUAUGCUGGAGAUUAAUUUCACGGUGAACGACACUACAUAUACGAAGGGCUAUUAUCUAACAGAUGGAAUAUAUCCCGAGUGGGCUACUUUUGUUAAGACUUUUCCUUGCCCGGAGGAUCCCAAGAGGAAGUUGUUUAAGGAAAGACAGGAGUCUACAAGAAAAGAUGUUGAAUGGGCAUUUGGGGUGCUUCAAUCUCGAUGGGCAAUUGUCAGAGGUCCAGCUCAUUAUUGGUAUAGGAAAAAGUUAAAACAAAUCAUGCUAGUAUGCAUUAUUUUGCAUAAUAUGAUUGUUGAGGACGAGGGAGGUCACAUGAUAAAUUGGUACAACGAUAAAGGUGACGAACCCGCACAACCUAUCCAUGGCUCAAACCGAGGAUUUCAGGAUUAUCUUCGAACAAAUUCUGAGCUACGUGACACUCAAGUUCAUCACCAACUUCGCGCCGACUUAGUUGAGCAUAUCUGGGGGCAAUACAACAACAAUCUGUGA